AUGAACGUAAUCACCGGAACGUAUGAUAGCAGCAACAUGCCGAUCUACCGAUCGCAUGUGAUUGUUGGGCUGCUGCUGGUGUCGUGCUGUGGUUUGGGAGUGUCCCAGGAAAUGAGCAUCAGUGAGGAGCUGGAAACCUGCAGUUCCCUGGACCGACCACUGCUGGAGCGUGAGUUCGGUGAUGGGGCGGAUGAUUUUUUCGGCAAAAUUACCGUCCUGUAUAAUGUUGCGCCACCGAAACCGGUGCAAACGCCGCGCGUGUUUGCUGAUCGUGAUCCGAUCUUCUACAACAAGAUCGACUACCGGGAGCAGAUUAAGUACUAUCACAACCUGUACCAGAUGUUCCACAGUCAGCAGGAGUACCGGAAUGAGGUACGGUUUUUGCUGAGUGCUUCGCUGCAUCGCGUACGGUACGAGCUGGCAAAUUACGACUUUGCCAACUUCUUCACUACCGUUCAAACGCUGGCCGGCGAAUACAAUCUUACCGUCUAUCCGAAUCGUCUGAACGCGAACCGGACGUUUUCGCUGUUCGGCCUGCGGGAAUUCCAGGUGUACGUCAUCGAUCGUUGCUCGCGCGUUUCGUACAUAAUACAGCCGCCCUGGAGCUUGAUACAGUACGCGUACGUGAAGGCGGCCGUACUGUCCACAUUCUACGAUCGACCGUGUGGAAAAUGUGAGUUGGAAAAUUUCCUCAACUCAACAUUGGUGGAGAAUGAAAAACUUUCACAACCCACGGAGGAAGGUUCUGUGAACGAUACCAAACCCUACGAAGAUGCCUCGGACGAGUCGGAUCACCACACAGAGGAUGAAGAGGAUAAUGACAGUAUAAGACCGUACAGUGAGGAAGAUGAAGACGAAGAUGAUUCCGGCGGUGAACGAACAAGCAGUUAUGGCAACAAUGUAGAUCCAUUUGCCAACCUGAACGUCACCGGACCGGAACUGGAGCUACCACUGCGUAUCAUACUUCCGGUACUGCAUGUCCACGUGCCGCCUGAAAAUGAUACAUCGACCGAAUAUAAGCUCCAUCCAUACCUGGUGUUACACUCCAAUAACACCGAAAGCCACGUGCUACAUUCGUUCCUGGUUCCUACGCAGUCCGAGGUGAAACUCCACGAAUUACCGCUACCCUUACCGCCGAAUUCCACAACGAGCGCACCAGAGACCGUUAAUGAAGAGCAGGUUCGCAUCACGCAAGAUGAUAAAAUACGUGUCGGUGGUACAGAUUGGUCGAAAGGAGAGUUGGGUACGAUACUGAACGCCAGCUCGGUACUGUACGAUCCUGAGCAGCAGCGAGUGUACGAACGUUUGCACCGGUACAAUCUGACCGAACGGGUGCAGUACGACGAGGUGGCGGAGAUAUCCGUGUCCAACCGGUACGAUGCGUGGAACCGACGACGAACGCCACCGAAAGUGGAUCCGACCCGGAACAAUAAACGAUCGCAGAUAAAGAAACAUUACGCCCGGUUGAUUCCGUGGCUUAACUGGACGUUUGGCAGGGCUAUACCGCCGGCAGGUGGGAUGAGGGCAAACGUAUCCGGAAGUGCAAAUUAA